UUGUUUGGAAUUGCGAAGAUUUUUGUAUUAAUAAUACAACGUUUAAUUUGCAAACAUAAAAAUUCACAACAAACUACGUAAAGAUGAACGUGGAUGAAUCUGCCAUGGAAAUGGACCCUGAGUUGGCAAAAAAACUCUUUGCCACCGGCGCUGUUUUGGUUAUAACGGGAGCACCAGUUGGUACUGAAUUUGGGAUCGAUUUGUGCAACUAUACAAUUGGUGAAAAAUUUCGUGGAGUAAAAAUGAUAGCACCUGGACCACACUACAUCUGGUGUGCUUCGUGUGGCCCAUAUGGUGAUGUUGCUCCCCGUGUGGGUUUCGUACAUUUCUUCAAAAGCGAAGAGAUUGUGGUACGUGAAUGGAACCAACGUGAUGAAGAAAUGCAAGAGAGUCAGUGUGACGAUCGUGAAUUGGAAAAGAAGCGCAUACGUGAUAAUCUUAAAGAAUUCGACAGUUUUCUUGCACCUUACGAUUAUAGAUUUUAUAAUAAGUGGAAACUUUUAACUGAUAAAAUAACUGAAGGUACAGUAGAGCGUUGUAGACCGACGUUAGGUGCUAUACGUACUAACGUGGAGCUGCAGUCCUGUACGGAUGAGGAUCGACCACGUGGCCCAUUAUAUAUAAACAACUUGCAGCAAAAGGGUAAUAAAUCUAUUGUAAAUGAAAGUGAUUUGCUACCAAAUUUAAAACCAGUAGAGGGGACUGCGCCAAGAUUCACAGAGUUACCAAGUCGUGUGCCACACAACGCCACGCCAGCAGAAGUGACAGAACACAAUAUGGAUUGUGUACAAUCAAUUGAGAAACUUGUAGACAAAUUUCAUAGUUCGGAAGCUUUCAUUGAGGAGGAACAAUUGGCAUUUGUCUUUUAUCUAGUUGGGUACUCGGUGGAGUCUUUGGCACAUUGGCGAAAUAUCUUACAUUUGCUGUCACAUUCAGAGCAAGCAGUGCUGAAUUACAAAAUGCUUUAUAUGAAAUACUCAGAAGCUUUAAUGCAGCAAUUGCCGCAUCUGCCAGAAGAGCUAAUGGAACCAGGUGAAUAUAAUACGGUUUACAAGGAUGUACGUUCACUAUUGAUUAAUUUGAAUUUGGGUGGUUUGAGUGUAAGCGCUGAUAGACUUGGAAGAAAACUGCUGAAGACUUUACAGUGGGAGUUCGAGGGGUUGCUUGACGAGGAUCCCGAAGAUAUGCCUGUUAUAGUAGAUAUGACAUAGUUGCUUAGCUGUGCUAUAAAAGAAUAAAAUAUAUUUAUAUAGAAACACAUCUAUACACACAUAACACAUAAAUAAAGUAAUACUAAAUGACAAUAUAAAA